AUGGGUCUCAUCAGUCGCCUGUUCAAGGUGACUGCCGCCGGCAGUGUCGCCUCGGUCGGCGUCUUCUUCGGAGCCACGCGCAAUGACAUCUUCGAGCCUCUGGACACCUCCGAUCACAUCUUCCACUCCAAGUUCUUCCACAAGUACAACCCAAAUCGCAACCCCACAGUCCAUGACCUCUGCGUCCGCCGCAUUCCUCUGGACAAGAUUGACCCUGCGCUCCUCGAGAAGAAGGGCAAGUUGGUCGAGGCAUUCUGUGCCGGUGUUUGGGGUGGCAUGGGUGAGAUUGACGCGCCCCUCUCCGAAUCGCCGGUGAUUCACUCUCUAACUUUUUUUUUUUUGAUGCUGGCAGGCUAUAUCCCUCAGCGCGCCUUUCUGUCCCGCAAGUACGAGGGGCCGGACACCGCCACUCACCUCUGGAAACGAUCGGAUCUCCUCUCCAAUAACUACGAGGUGGGCACCCUCAUCACCGACCACUUUGAGGUCAUCGAGAAGACCGAGGACCGUAUUACCGUCCGCUGUGGAGAUUCCCCCCGUAUCCGCGAAGUCCGAGAGUCCGACGGUCUGUUCGAAAUGGCGGCGGUCGUCAAGGAGGAUGAGGGCAUUGCCGAAUUUAGCCUCAAGAGCUGCUUCUACCAAGGACUCGGCAAGUCCGAGUCUGAACCCAUGCCUCCGACAAUUCUCUGGUUGCAUCAACAAUACACGAAGCUGCUGCUGGAGACUGCGGUGUUGAAGAAAUGCAUCAAGUGA